AUGAGUUUUCUCUUCAGCUCGAUUAAAAAUCUCACGGUAGGCGGAACUGCGCCAUCUGGUGACACGACCACGACCACCCCUACCGCAUCCAAUAGCAGCCCAAUCGUCAGCUGCUAUCAAGAGUCGGAAGAAAUGCGUUUCAAUGUGUCACCACCACCUCCUCCACCGCCGCCACCGUCGGCCUCCAGUUCCGACUAUAACAUCAGCAAAAAGAUGGGCGUCCCGGACACCCAGUCCGACUUCAACCAGUGGCUGCACGCGAUGAAGAUGGUAGCUCGCCUGCCGGGCGGCAUGCCGGCCGAGUUCCGAAGGAAGCUGUGGAUGGCCCUGGCAGAUCGGUACCUCAAGACUCGAUCCCUCAACUGGGACGAAGAAUCAACGAAAUGCCUUAGCGAGCAGUGCGACGAAGACGACGAAGAGUUGGGCAUACAGAUCGUGAAAGACCUACACCGGACCGGAUCGAGCCUCUGCUCCGGGCCGUCCGGUACCAUCAACCAAGCCAAACUGAAGCGAGUACUGCUCGGGUACUCUCGCUUCAACCCGGAGGUGGGCUACUGCCAAGGCUUCAACAUGCUCGGCGCCCUGAUACUGCAGGUGAUGGACAAGAGCGAGGACGAAUCGAUCAAGGUGAUGAUCCUGCUGAUCGAAGGCCUGCUGCCGGCGGGCUACUUUUGUGGUUCGCUCGGUGGCCUGCAGGCCGAUAUGGCCGUGUUCCGGGAUUUGCUCGGGACGCGCCUACCGAAGCUCGCCCGCCACCUACAAAAGCUCCAGGGACCGGAGGGCGCGUUCGAGCCACCACUGACCAAUGUGUUCACCAUGCAAUGGUUUCUAACGCUGUUCUGCACCUGCCUGCCGAUUCCGCUGGUGCUGCGAGUGUGGGACCUUAUCCUGAUCGAAGGCAGUGAUGUGCUGUUGCGUACUGCGCUUGCUAUUUGGGGAAUCUUAGAGAGCAAAAUACUGGCUACCAAAACGGCGGACGAUUUUUACUGCAAAAUGGGCGCCCUUUCGUCGGAACUGGUCAACGGUAGUCUGGUGGACGCGAACGCUCUCAUACAGCGUGUGGUCGAUAUUGGACCAAUCGCGGAUCUGCAGAAACUGCGCGAGAAACACCUCAACAGCAUCACACAGCUGAAGGAAUCGUCGAAUUUGAAGAUUUUCUACUCCGACGAUGAAGGUGAGUCGGACGAGGACUCCCGGCUAGCGGUAACGGCUACGGCAUGGGGCUUACGGUCUGGCCGGCGGGCUUCGUUGGGUAUUCCGACUAACUUGGCCCGCGCAGAGGGGAAGGAAAAAAUCAAUCUAGACAUUUCGCUCCUCAAGAAGCAGUACGACAAGCUGCGGGAACGCCAGCGGCAGGCACAUAUCAUCCUCACUGCGGCCGUUGCCCGGCAGCCGACGAAUCCUUCACCGAACGCCGGAACGCUGCAGGUGAAUCAGCUGCUCGUGGGCAAGAAUGCUUUGCUGAGUGCCAAAGGCAAGCGACUGGGACCACCGCCGGGCGCCGUUCCGCCGGUUCGGGCGUCGAAAUCUUCCAAACAAUCGAAACAGUCCGCCGUACCCAAAUCUCCGAAACCGGUCGAAACGCUGCACUGGAAAGACAUGGACGAAACGAAGCAGCGCCGCAACAGUCUGAAGUGGCGAGACCUGCCAAAGGAUUCACCGAGCAAGCAGCGCGCCGACGAGGCACGCGGCAGUUCUCCGAAGCUAAAAAAGUCGGCCAGCGCUUCGUCGGCCAUCAGCAACCUGUCGGAGACGGGCAGUAGCGGUGGUGGGGAUGGUUCCUCGGGAACGAAGGCCGGAGCUUUGAAGCGCCGCAGCGAGUCAUCGUCGUACAGCGAAGAAUCGGAUGCGGAGUCGAGCACGAGUACGUCCCUGUGUGACGAUGACAAUCAACCGUUGAGCGCUUCCUCCCUGGAAGCGUCACCGAUGAAGCGGCGGCUAACACCGGAAUCCAUCAUCCGGGAAGUGCCUGAGGACGAGAAGUUGGUUGUGAUCGUGCCGAGCGACAGCGAGCUGACCGAUAUCAAGGAGGAACCGUCGUCGUUUGGGGACGACGACGAUGACGCAGAGCUCAGCCGAAUGUCCGAGGUGGACGUUCAGGCAGCUACCGAUCUGUUAAGCCCCUCCGAAGCCACGGUGAGCCAGCAAAGGCCUAAGACGAUGCCAGUACUUCCCGAGCUGCAGGACAAGUCGCUCUCGGUUGCCAUUACGAGCACGAGUCAGCUCUCCCCUAUUCCGGACAUUAGCAAGUACGUCAGCAUGUCGACCAUUAGUCCGCUGAAAACACCAUCCUCUAUGAUGGACUACUCAGACUAUCUCGCCAACAUACCUUCCGACAAUACCGUCACGGUGGAAGCGACCAAGAGUUGCACUCCGCUGGUCGAGGUGGAGGAAACGGACCUGUUCAAGGUCAGUGACGAAGGAGUCACGAACGAGUUUUUCGAACGCAUCAAUGCGGCGGAGCGUCCGAACAAGCUCGACCUGAACGUGAUCAAGGAGCGCAAGGUAAGCGAAUCCCUAGUUACCACCACCGAAAGCGUGCUCGAUCGGAGCGACAACACGUCCAAGCUCGACAACUACAGCUUUACGAACAUCUCCAAUCGUUCGUCCAUGUCAGCAUCAUUCGUGCUGGAGCUUCCGAUCAAAACGAGCCUGCAGCACAAUAGCCCACUAUUGCCACCCAGCACGGACCUGUCGUCGGUCGUUAUGGCCGACAGUAAGCAACCGAAGUACCAGCUGGCCGACGCCCGUACUCCGACACCCCAGGAGAGCAACCAGAGCCCCGAGGACAUUGAGCGGUAUCUAACGAAUCGCGUCAAAUUCUUGAAGGAAAAAUCAUUCUCUAUGGACGAUCCCAUCAAGGUGGAGGAGCUGCCACCGGAGGACAUUACCAAAAGGUCCGCUUCCGAGGGACUCGUGUCGGUCGACGCCAAUGCACUCAAGAGCGACAAGAUGUUGGAGAUUAUAAAAGAAAACUCUCUAAUCCUAGGCAGAAUAGUGCGAAAGUCGAGAGAGCACGAUGAGCAGCGCACCGAUCAGCUCAUCAAGCAGGACGAAACGGAAAUGUUGAUGAAAUCGAUUGAACAACUACCGAGUUUACAUGCCGACGCCGAUUCUCUCGAUCUCAAGAUCAGGCACAGUGUUGAUGAGCUGCUGGAGAAAUCCGACAACCGGUUCACUGAUCCCAAGCAAAAUGAAACGAAAGUCACCGCGAAUAAGGAGUCCCUCGUAGAGACCGGAAAAAUAAAGUCCAAAACGGAUCUGGUUAUUCAAAGAACGGAGGAGCAGCUAGCUAGGUUCGCUCCACCGGAGCCAACCUAUUACGUGCGCAAGGACAACUUCCGCGAGAUUAUAACUCCGGAAGAGGAAAAGACGGAACAACGACGAGAGGCGCCGGAGCCCCCGGGUCCGAAUGCGUCGGAACCCGAGGGCGGCGCUGAACCCUUCAACAUGAGCUUUAAUGCCAUCGACACGCGGGCGGUAUCGUCCAAGACCGAGGAAUUGAUCAAGAAAACCGAGGAACAACUAGCACGAUUUCGAACACACGAUAAAAAGCUGAUAGACAAGCUGGAGAAGCGCCUUUCGUUGAUCGAUAUGAAACUGGAGUCCCAACCGGUUACGUCGAGCAAAACGGAGGAGAUUUUGAAAAAGUCCGAGGAACAAAUGUCGCGUCUGCUGGCACGCAAAUCACCGACCCGCUUCAAGCUGGACGACGCCAGCGAGUUGAAGCCCACCGAUCUGAGCAAUCUCAAGACGGACGAGCUGAUCAAGAAAACCGACGAGCAGCUGGCUAGGUUCAAGGCGGCAGCCGAAAGUACGGCGGAAAAGCGCAAGAGCCGGCACGAGAUCGACGAGCUGUUGAAACCGGAAGCGCUCGGUGAGAAGCCGCUCAGCCGGUCAUGUGAAUCCAUACGCACCACGGAUUUUUCGUCCAAAGAUGGGCAGGAGGAGAUCCUGCGCACGAUUCAAAUCCCGGACGAAGUGAAGAGCUCCAAAACGGAGGAGAUCAUUAAAGGCAUCGAGGACGGCAAGAUCAAACUCGGCGACGACUACAUUACGACGAUAAAGACAAUCGAUUACCUUAAGCGCUCCAAUGCAAACAUGCUGGCGACGCUGUCCUCGAUCGAGAGCUCAAUAAAAGCGAUCGACGGCUACUGCGACUACGAGUCGGACAUUCAGUCGGAUCGCAUCAGUGAUACUAUCGAUAAUCUAGAGAAGUCGCUCAAGCAGUUCGAAACGCAAACCCCACACUCCGCCACAUCCGGCACGAACGAUUCGAACGGGUGCACCACCGAGCCCCCGCUGGUGAUGGUGCACGACUACUCAACCACCCACGAGGCACGCUGCCGGCCAGCGUCCUGCAACCGGCCCAGUAGAUCGCGCAAGCGCAAGGAAUACUCUCCGCGCCGGCGAAAGGACAAGGAUCGCGACGCGGACAAGAGCGGAAGCGUUCGGUCCCGCAAGGAUCACAGCAGCGACUACUCCUCCGACAACCAGUCGCUGGACCGCGAGUCUCCUAAAACGUACACUUACGCCUCCUACUACAGUCAAUCCCCGCCGCUGUCACCGCGGCUUGCAUCGCCCUCGCGCAAGCUUCCCGAGCCCCGCGUACGACCGACGACACUGAAGAGCACGUCCCACGACCGGUACACCCUGCACCUGCAGCGUGACAGUGGACAGCUGAUCAAGUUCGACAAGUCCCCGUCAUCACCGAUCAUCAGCAAAGCCUAUCUGGAAUCGCUGAUGCCCGCCACACCGGUGGCCUCCGGUCGGACAACACGUUCGGCGGAAAAUUCUCCACCUCACCAUCCCACGCAGCCGCCGUUGCUUUCGCCGACAACUUCCGCCAACGUUGGUCGGCACACGGGCACGUUGCGCCACGUAACGUACCACGACACCGAGCACUCGCACAUUAAGAGCUGCGAAAACAUUCUCAUGAGGUUCAACUACGAGAAGAUCUCGGCCAUUGCCGCCAGCUACCCGAUCAGCAGUGCCCUGUCGCCUUCCCCCACCAAAUACAACAGCCUGGACUUUAAGCAUGACACCACGCUGAACCUUACCCUCACGCCAUCGCCCAACAAGAAGUCCCUGCACUAA